AUGGCGGAGAUUUCCCAUGUCGUCGCCAUCCGUUACGGCCAGGAAAGCAAGGUGUUGAUCCCAGAGGAGCUGCUCCACCACAAGAACAACAAGUCAUAUGUCCAACUGCGGCCAACAUCCCAUCCCAUCGUCCAGUUGCUGACAGGGCGACGAGGCCAGGUCAAUGCCAGUCUUUCCAACUCGGGUGCCAUGCAGAGCUUGGUCAAGAAAAGAAAUGCCGAGUUUGACAAGCCGCCAGCUGAUGGACCAGAGCAAUUGUUCGAGGAUGCCCCUAGCUCCAAGGCAUCCAAGAAACGGGGGCCAGCCAGACCAAGUGGCGAGGAUGUUGCCAUCCAGGUGAGAGAGACCACCGUCCAUUGCUUGAUGCAGGGGAAGCGCCCCAGGGCCUCAGCCUUGACGGUGGAGUUGGAGGCCAACCAGCUGACGGCCAUCAUCGAAACCGUUCGUGAGGAACCAGUGCUGUAUCAGUUCGAAGCCAUGGCUGUCCCUCCAGCUGUGAUCCAAGAGGUCGAAUCCAUAGUGAAUGGUGCGGAGCCAGUGAACACCAGGGUGACCAAGGUCUUGAAGGUGCUGGAAAGCCAUGGGCUUUGCCAGACACAGUGCUUGCAGCCCAAGCAGGUGCUUUGCCACCCCUCCAACAGAGGAGGUCAGAUGGUGAGCCAUUUUGAUGUUUGGGCCAAGGGGCACCAGUUGCUUGCCGUUGGACUGCAAGUCCAGCUGUUGGAAAACUCCAUCUGCGUCCAGCUCGCCACAGAUCCGCAGAAGCGCCAGCAGCAGGUGUGGAAAAACCAGCAGCUUGUCCAGGAAGCCGGAGGCUCCCUGGCACCAGUGAGUGGCUUUCUGAGCCUAGCCUCCAGCCACACCACGGCAUUUCUCAGAUGCCUCGAGCAUGGCUGCCAAGAUGCCAAUGGCAAAGCCAUCAGCGUGCCCAGAACGGAUCCAGUUUGGGAAGCCAUCCAAAAGGGCUGGAAGUGGCACGUUGUUGCCUCCUCGGUGGAGGAAGCCAUGCCAAGCUUGCCACAGUUCUUCCAGGUCGGUGCCAACAGUGGCAACGCCAUUGGCAGGGCCACCAGCGAGCUGGAGGCAGCCUGCCAGAUCGCAGCCCAACUCCAGCUGGGAUCCACUUUGGAGGCCGCCAUCAAGCAGGUGGCAAGCGGGGAGGUGGCCUGCAGAGCCAGUUUGGCCAGUAUAGGCCAUUAUGUGUCGAGGUAUGGCGGGGGCCCAGGGGCGCCGCUGCUCCGAUUCCUCUCCCAAUUCGGGUCCAUGUUCGGUGCGACACUCAUGUUAGGCACAGACUUUACCGACACUCUUGCCAACAUGACUUUUCCAGAGGCGACCAACCUCUUUCCGCUGACCCGCACGGCCGUCUGGGCGAGCCAAUUGACUUCCCAGAAAAGCAAUGAUGGGUUUGCAAGGUUGUUGGUGAGGUCGGACUUGCAAAAACUUUCCACGCCAUCCAUCCUGGACCAAGUGAAGGCCGGGGAGUCCAUGCUGGCGGACUGCUGGCACCUUAUCCAGUCCCAGCUGCCCGCCGCCACUGCUGAGAACCACAAGAAGACCCUCCAUCUGUACAGGUGCUUUGGCAAGCUCUGUGUGAGGACCAUCCUCUUCAUCGUGAAGAAGCAGAAGCAUGCCCCAGACCAGGUGUGCUUCGACACCUUGCCAGAGAUCCUGGACAAGUUCACACAGGAGGUGUCGGGUGUGCCCACUCCAAGCCAGGCGGCCUCCAGUCAGGCAGGCCAGGUUGAGGAUGCGGUGAAGGCCCAGCCGUACCAGGCCAUGCUGCUGCAGAACAGCCACAUCAAGGUGGGCGAGCUGUUCUGCCUUCCCAAAGAGCAUGGGUCCAAGGUCUUCGAGCUCUUGGAGGUGACCAACGACGGGGCCACCAUGCAGCAUCGUCCCAUUCUGUUGCCAGUACAGAAUGUGCAAGUUGCCUUGGGCGACUUGAAGAAGUGGAGGGUGUCCAAGCAGCGGAUGCCUUUCCUGGCAGAAGAGGCCAUGGUGGCCAAGGCUUUCCCCACAGAGCAUGCCAUGGCUGUGGAAGAGUUCCAGAAAGCCCAAGUGGUCUGUGCCUUGCACGAAGCUUACCAGAAGCACUCCUGCCAGGACCAGGAGCUGCUCGGCUUCGCUUGCAGCCCCCAGGCACUGUUUGCCAGGCAGACCCUCCAGCCUAAGAAGCUCAAGCUGCUUCCCAUAGGCCCUGUCUCCAAGGUCAAAGAGCCGGGGAAGGCCAGGUUGGUCGUCCAUGCGUUCGGAGAGAAAUGGUCCAUUGGCAGCUGGAAACAAGAUGUGGACCAGCAUGGGGUGGCGGUCCCGUGGUUCUGGUGCAAGCCAGUAGAUGCUCCACUUGCCAACAUGCAGUGGACCACUGUGAAGCAGGGACCAGCCACCAUUCCCAUGCUUCAGAACCACGUCCGCAUUCCAGGCAAAAGCAUGAUUUUGUGCGAGAACCAGCUCGAGCUCGAGGAGCCAGCAGAAUCGGCCAAGAAGAAAGCCAAGACCAAGUGA